GUGCAGGAGAAUCUGGGAAGAGCACCAUUGUAAAGCAAAUGAAGAUUAUUCAUGAAGACGGCUACUCAGAGGAUGAGUGUAAGCAGUACCGAGCUGUUGUUUACAGUAAUACCAUCCAGUCGAUUAUGGCCAUUGUCAAAGCCAUGGCCAGCCUCAAGAUAGACUACAGUGACCCUGCCAGAGCGGAUGAUGCCCAGCAGCUCUUUGCACUGGCUGCAGCUGCAGAGGAGCAAGGCAUUCUUCCUGAGGACUUGGCCAACGUGAUAAGGCGAUUGUGGGCCGAUAGCGGCAUACAGAGUUGCUUUACAAGGUCACGUGAAUACCAGCUCAACGACUCGGCAGCCUAUUACCUAAAUGAUUUGGAGAGGAUAGCAAAAGCAGAUUACAUCCCCUCCCAGCAGGAUGUUCUACGUACUCGGGUUAAGACGACUGGCAUCGUUGAGACUCACUUCACCUUCAAGGAACUGCACUUCAAAAUGUUUGAUGUAGGAGGCCAGCGGUCAGAGAGAAAGAAGUGGAUUCACUGCUUUGAAGGAGUAACAGCAAUUAUCUUUUGUGUUGCACUGAGUGCAUAUGACCUGGUGCUGGCCGAGGAUGAAGAGAUGAACCGAAUGCACGAGAGCAUGAAGCUAUUUGACUCCAUCUGCAACAACAAGUGGUUCACUGAAACCUCCAUUAUCCUCUUCCUCAACAAGAAGGACCUCUUUGAGGAGAAGAUCACUCGAAGCCCCCUUACCAUCUGCUUCCCCGAAUAUUCAGGAGCAAACAAGUUUGACGAAGCUGCCAGUUACAUCCAAACCAAAUUUGAGGACCUGAACAAGAAAAAGGACACCAAGGAGAUCUACACCCAUUUCACCUGUGCCACGGACACCAAGAACGUUCAGUUUGUCUUUGACGCUGUCACUGAUGUUAUUAUUAAGAACAAUCUGAAAGACUGCGGUCUUUUUUAAAGGACAAAAAUCAACAGACUUCUUGAGAGACUGCAAUAGCCAUUUGACGACUCCUGCUUUUCAUAAUGCAAACCAUGAUGUGCUGGUUUUAUUUGGGAAGAGGAACCUGUCAGAACUAAUCAAUGUUUUACUGACAUCAUCUCAUCCACGCUCGUCUUUGCUGGGAGUUUUUCUUUUACUCGUAUUAAACAAACACAGUUUAUGCUCUAAUUUGAACCAAAAACAUCUUAAUUAGAUCUGUUAUAUCUAAUUAAAUUACAUCUGUUUAAUUAGACACAUUAUGCUUGUAGCUUUUGUUGGAAACUCUAUGCUUGACAUCUUAUUAAGUCCCAAUGUUGGUGUAAAUACAGCAUAACUUUAAAAAAAUAAUUGAACAAUUUUAAUGCAACAUGCUCAGAAGGUUUUAUUUAAUAUUUCUCUGUUUUUGUAUUGAGGUUUCUCAUUAAAUUUGUUUUAAACUGUAAAAAGGAUAUAAAUUGACAGGGAAAACAACUUUUUAUAAUAGAAUACAUGCGCUUCUGUUAACUUUCUUUUUAAGACCCUUUUAAGUGCAGAGAUUAUUUUUAAAGGAAAACUAACAAGCAUUUAAUUACAAAACCAGACAAGACAUUUUUUUUACACUGUUUACACAGAAUCAAUACUUGUAUAGUGCAUCUUUCUGCAUGACUCGCCAUAGAUUAGCGUGUAAUCUCCCCACAUAAUGAUUAACCACCCCUAAGCAUCUUGUUAAAAAAAAGGCAGAAAUGGUUAAUGUAUCGAUUUUAAGGUAUGCGAUUUUUAAAUGGUAAUGUCUGUUUCCAAUAAGGAUUGUUUUAUGUCUUUUCGUUCCAAGUCUUUUUAAACAUUAUGUUUGUGCCUUGAUAUCUGUUUACACUUGUUCUUUAGAGACAUGCCAUCGUCAUCGUGUGAAUUAGGGCUAUUUUUAUUACACCCAAGUUCACAGGAUCCAUAAUUUAUGACACAGCACGGCACAAGAUGAAUAAAUGACCGUUAUGAAUUAUUAUUAUUAUACUGAAUCACUUGUUAAAUGUAAAUAAAUUCU